AUGGGAAAUGUUGUGCGUGGUGCCGUCGCCUUCGUCCCCUCCGAGCGAUGUCAACGUUACUUAGUAGGAGAUUUAAAAGAAAUGCCCCUUGAUCGAACCCUCGACCUGUGCAGCCGACAACUACGUCGCCUUCCCAUCAGAGCAUCUGCUUUUAGCGAAUUAGUCAAACUUUACUUGAGUGACAACCACCUCUCCAACCUGCCACCAGAACUUCGAAACCUCCAAAAGCUUCAGCUCCUGGCUCUGGAUUUCAACUGUUUUGAGGAGCUCCCUCUGGUUGUCUGCAAUCUUAUGCAGCUUAACAUUCUCUACCUUGGCAAUAACCAACUUUAUGCCCUUCCCAAGCAGAUCCGGCAGCUCACCGAACUUAAAACGUUGUGGCUAGAGACUAACUGCUUUACCAAGUUCCCUCAAGUAGUCUGUGACCUUCCCAACAUCAAGACCCUCCACUUGGGCUACAAUCAGUUACGCAGUUUACCCGGAGAGCUCGGGCGACUGGAAGAGCUACGCAGCAUCUGGUUAGCGGGGAACUUGCUGAAUGAGUUCCCUCCCGUGCUACUGAAGAUGCAUUACUUAGAGGUGAUUGAUGUGGACCGAAACCGUAUUCAAUAUUUUCAAUCUCUUGCCCAUUUGAGAGGGUUGAAGCUUGUUAUCUAUGACCACAAUCCUUGUGUUAAUGCACCUGUGGUGGCUGAAGGUGUGAGACGGGUGGGCCGGUGGGCAGACUGCUCUGAUGAUGAUGAAGGGGAGAGCGAAGGAAUGACUGACAAGGCGGGCGUGAAGGUGCAGGGGGCACUGGAAGACAACAAAUGA